GGACACGUUUACAGACGCGUCAAGUUUAGCGCUUCCGGUUCACUGUUGGCAUCUGCCAAACGGGGAAAACAAGUUUAGUUUUCCAGCAUCCAUCUCUCUUAGGAUAUGUCUCAUGCAUUAAGGACCCUUGCCACUGGAGUUUUUAGCGUGCAGAGAUCUGUGAGCGCCCAGACACUCCUGCGUCCUGUGAAGAUCCGACGACAACAGAGGAGUCGGAGUGAUGGAGUGAAGGGCAGUGAGAGUCAGGCAUUUGAUGUGUCCCUCCUCGAGUUUCUUGUUUGUCCACUGUCCAAAAAACCCUUGAGGUAUGACGAAAGGAACAAUGAAUUAAUAAACGAAGAGCUUGGCAUCGCAUAUCCUAUCAUUGAUGGUAUUCCUAACAUGAUCCCACAGGAUGCACGAAUGAUCCAAACGGCCAAAACAGCUGAAAAACCCACUGAAUCUUGAGUUUAGAAAGCAAAUAGUUUUCUGCCACAAUGUUUUUCUCCCUGUCUACUGUAACUGUUCUUGUGCCGCUGAUCUCUUUGACUGGACUGUUUUACUCAGCGACAGUGGAUGACAAUUUCCCACAAGGCUGCACGAGUGCAAGCAGCGUGUGUUUCUACAGCCUUCUGCUGCCAGUAACUAUUCCCGUUUAUGUGUUCUUUCACCUUUGGAAGUGGAUGGGAAUCAAAUUAUUUAGACACAAUUAGACUGUAGCUUCCUUUUUUUUUUCCCACACAACAUGAGACUAUUUUAAUGUUAUGCAUUUUUGUGAACAAUGUUUGCUUGUAAACAAUAGACAUGGAAGAUUCAUAUACAGGAACAUUUAACUGGAUGUUAACAUCAAAGCGAACAAUGUAAUUAUACAGAAUAAAACUGCAAAUGCCUAA